ACACUGACAGCUCUAUUUAUCGAUUAUUUCGUCUCUUUUUUCUCGAAAAAAAAUUUGUUGAGUUCAGACGUGUUUGAUAAUCGUGAUGAAAUUAGUCAAAAAGUAGCAAGUUCCGAGUGUUUUCCCGCGAAUAAAGAUAGAUCGUUGCGUUGCCGAGCGUUUUUCUUGGUAACUGCAGUGGUAACGGCGCUAUAAACGCGAAUAUUAAAGCAAAAGGUGUCUAUUCUCGGAGGCCAAAGUAGAGGCUAACUAGCGAAAAAAACCCAAAGGUAAGUUCAGGUAAAGCAAAAAACAAAAAAAAAGAAAUCACAAAAAGAGAGGGAGUAUCAUGUCCGAGGCCAUGAGUGCCCCGCCGCCCCUCAUCCCGCAGCUGCAGGAGAUGCAGCAGCAGCAGCAACAACAACAGCAGCAACAGGGGGCCAAUAACCCAGCCGCUCUCGCCCAGCAGUGGAGCAACUACGCCUGGUAUGCCAAUCAAAAUGCCGCAUACCAGCAGCAAUAUCAGCAGUACUACCAGUACUACAUGCGCUACCAGCAGCAGCAACAACAACAGGUAACCUCGACGGUCAGUGCGUCGAAUGCGCCGCCAGGCUUCAGCAAUGCGCUGACCGUACCGCCGCCCCUCCCCUCGGGCCCACCGCCACCGCCGCCGCCCAAAAGCGGCCAGCCAGCGGGACAAAACAAACAGCAGCAGCAGCAGCAACAACAACAGCAGCAGCAAAAGAAUUUCGGGGGAAUACGUUUUAAUUUGAAUUUGAACCAAAAGAGGUUGGCUGGUGCCCCCAAUCCCCUGCAACAGCAGCAACAACUUCAGCAGCAGCAGCAACUUCAGCAGCAGCAACACAACCAACAGCAGCAGCAACAUCAGCAGGUCAUGCAAAUGUACAACAAUAACAACACCAACAACAAUAGCAACAAAAAGAAGCGCAAGCGCAACAACAAAAACAAAAAUUUUGAGCAAACAGCAUAUAGCAAUCCGUUUACCAAUCAAGCCCAAGCCACGCCCAUAGCACCGCCGCCGCCCAUUAUUAGCGCAAGCGAUGUUGGCGUGCCAAUUACACCGGACUUGAGUAAACCACCACCACCAUUGCCAUUGUCCGUCGUGGCACCCUUAGAGAAUCCCCAAAAGCAACAGCAGCAGCAACAUCAGCAGCAGCCCGCUCCUCCCGCUCCAAACCAAUCGUCCACUUUUAAGCGGCCGAACAGCUUUCAAAUGGCCUCCAACGACUCGUGGCCAGAUGCCCUCAAUCAGUAUGUGGCCCGUUGCUACUCCAAGUGCAACACGGACCUCGACAAGGAUCAAAUAGACAUAUGCUUAAAGGGCAAGAUUAUAGCGGCGGCCAAUCGAAACGAACUGUGGACUCGGGACUGGGACAACGAGCCCAUGCCUACGGUGCACAGCGAACGGGACGGCAUCGAUGUGGUGCUGAGCAAUGUGCCGCCACCACAGCCGCAGCGUAGCAACUACUUCCAGAAAAAGCUGGAGCAGGAGAAGGAGCGGGAGCGAGACCGCGAGCCAGAAAAAACGCCUGCCAAGUCCAACUCUGGUAUUGUAAAUCAGUUCAAGCAGAAGGUCAAUCAGUUCAACAAGUCCUCUUCGAGCUACAACUCGCAUCGCCACUCUUCGUCGUCCAAGUACUCCAGGAGUCGUUCGCGUUCUCCGUCUUCCUCAAACUCGUUGAAGUACUCGAGCAAGAAGCGGUACUCGCGGUCGCGUUCCCGUUCGCGUUCACGCUCGCGGUCCCCCCGCUCCCGAUCGUGCUCCCGCAGCAGCGAUGCCAGCAGUCCCCCGGCGCGUAAGGUUGUCCGCAAGUCGGACUCGAACGAUUCGCUGAACUUUAUACCGCUCAACGCGAACUUGUCUCGCAAGCAGCAGAAAAUGCUGAUGAAGAAGGGCAAGCGGGCAGCCGCAGCUGCAGCAGCGGCCGCCGCCUCCGGAGGCCAGGGAAAAAAGAAGCAACCCCAUUUCUACUCUAACCAGUCGUCCGUUGGCGGAGCCGUUGAUGAUGACACAGCGCGCUUGCAACAGCGUGCGGCACGAUUCUCCCAGCAGGGCUCAAGCUCGGCCAAGAAAUCGGUCGUCGCCAUUGCAAGCUCACCGUUUGGUCUCACCACGGCCAAGAAUAAGAAGAAAAUGAUGCAGCAGCAGCAGCAGCACCAUCGUUCUGCCUUCUACGAGGACACAGAGGCGUCUGGCGGCUUAGAUCUUCUCGAUUUGCAUAUUGUAGGCACUUGUAGGGACCUAGAGAAAUCGUUUUUGCGUCUUACCAAGGCGCCGUCUCCGUCGGAAGUUCGACCUGUCGAGGUGCUAACCCACUCCCUGGUUAAUGUGAAGGCGAAAUGGCGUGCCAAUCAGGAUUACCACUACGCGUGUGAUCAGCUGAAGUCCAUUAGGCAGGAUUUGACCGUCCAGGGUAUUCGCGAUCAGUUUACCGUGGAGGUGUACGAGACUCACGCUCGCAUCGCCAUGGAGAAGGGAGACCACGAGGAGUUUAACCAAUGCCAGACCCAACUGAAGAUGCUGUACAUGGAGAUUGGCGGCAAGAGCGCCAAUGCCUUGGAAUUCACGGCCUAUCGCAUACUCUACUACAUUUUCACAAAGAAUACCUUGGACAUUACUACUGUUCUGCGUUCGAUUACGGCUGAUCAGCGCGAGAAUCCUGCCAUUGCGCACGCCCUUCAGUUCCGCUCCGCGUGGUCGCUGGGCAACUACUGCAAAUUAUUUUCCCUGUACAAAACGGCUCCUCUAAUGUCUGGCCACAUGAUCGAGUGGUUCCUUGAGAGAGAGCGCAAGGCUGCUUUGCGAGUCAUUAUUAAAUCUUAUCGUCCUAACAUUACCGUUGACUAUAUAACCAAUAUUCUGGCCUUUGAAAACUCAGAAAAAUGCAAGGAAUGGCUUGACACAUUCAGUUUGCCCUAUGCCGCCGAUGGUGCGCAGGUCGAUUGCAAAAACGCAGCUGCCAUUUCGAUUUGAGGGGACCUCCACAAAGAGCAGAUUACCUGCUGCAAAACACUAUUCGAUUUUGUACCUGAUUUCCGACUUUGUCGGAUAUUAGUGUCCUCUGUCAGCCUGCGGAUGCGGUUCUCCUGAUCCUUUUUAGUUUGUUUUAGUUGUACAUACUUUGUAUAGAUCGCGUUUUCCCUUCGUUACACAGUUAGGUCGUGUUUUCUCUUAUUCUCUGUGAAUUCGUCGGUUCUUUAGGACCCCAAAAGUCAACUCUUCCUGUUCUUCGUAGGGAUAAAAUUGUAUGCCUGGGAAUGAGUUCAUCUGCAGCAAAAACACAGGAACAUCAGAAAACAUACUCUACAUCAACUCUAUUAAUAAUACGGCGAUAUGAGGAAACCCGCCUGGUAAAGGAAGGCACCGGAUUAGCUGAACUACUUCAUUACUUAACUAGGACCUCACCACUAGUAGGAAUUUAAAAGGAUUAAAUGAUUUUGGAUUGCGCAAGGAUUCAACAACGCAUGCCGUAUAUUUACACUCGAGAUUCCAACGCCGAAUUGCAACGUAAUGGAUUCAUCUACGGAAAAUGUAUUUAGCUUUGCCUCACAAAGCGGCUUUUCGGGAGAGUUUUUCAAUUCAUCAUCUCAAAUGUUCGUCUUUUCAACGUUGGUCGUCAUUACCUCUUCUUAAAUUCUGCGAUUUGUAUAUAAGCCUGCAACAUCCACAAGUCAGAACUCACGGAUUACCUGCAACGUCCUUCGAAUUCAACAAAAAUCUAAACUAACACAUGUGCGUGACCCCCAAUGAACUAAAGUGACUCAAAACCCAAAGUGAAUCGAUUGCAGAUGUGUCACAACCUUUUUUUAAAUAACAAAUCCACUAAAUUUCAACACUCGCAAAACUAACAUGAAAUAAUACACAGGCAGACAAACAAAAACUGAUGCGAUCACCGAACUCCCCGAGCUGCGUGCUGAUUAUUUUUGUUUUGUUGUGAUUAUUUUACUCAUUUUAAUGCCUCUGAUCACUUCAUUUUUAAACUAGUUCUAAGAUUUAGGCUUAAUGUUUGUUGUCUUAUUUAAAUUAUUGAAAAGGAUUAUACUAAUGUUCUGUCUCUCUAUUGUAUACCUGUAUAUAUACAACCAUCAAAUCCACCACCACAACCAAGAACUUCGGCGAGAACGAGUACGCAAAUAAAUACUUCUGGAGCUCAAAGUUGGAAUAUGCCGAAAUCAACCUGGUCUUCCCGUCGCCACUUCUUCAACCAUCAAGAGGAAGUCAAAAAGUCAACAAAAAUUCGCGACAUUUGUAAGCUCUUCCAAUUUUAAUUCGUCUUACUAAAGCAAAUUGUACACAAAUUUGGGGUAGCACAUAAGAAAUUGGCUAAGAUCAUAUGAUAAGUGGUGUUUUUUUUUUUUUAAAUAGAGGGAGUUUGACAAGAAAUCUAACUCUUUUAUAUAAAUCCUUAAUUAUACAAUAUGUUAGGACUGUAGGUAUCUUCUUAGACUAAGAUUAACUGUUAUAUUUAUUUUUAAUUUUCUUGAAUGUUGGAAAAAUGAUGGAAAAGAAUUCAAGACUUUAAUUGCAUCCUCAAAUACUUAUGCAAUUUAUGGGAGCCAAUUUGCAUGGAAAGUGAGAGUUAUAAUCCCGCUUAAAAAAAAAAUAAACAAAUCAAAGCAAAACAAAA